AAACAACUUUCAACGGCGCUGCUUUGCAUUCGAUCGGCGCUGCCAAGUUAGUCAAAUCAGCUGAUAUCGUUUACUGCUCCGGUUUACUAUGUUCAUUUGUGGCGAAAGUAUUAAGUUGUAUUUUAGAAGUGAUAACUAGAUAAGAAAAAUAGUGCUCAGAAUUCAUUCCACUUAUGUUUUCGUAAUUUGGAUGGAUGUCAUUAUUAAACCUGAAUAAAAAUGAUAACACGCACACUUAAAUGCCCACAACGACGAUUCAAUGUUAGUGCAGUUUUUGGAUCCAGUGCAAACAAAAUUACAAGCAGUGCGAGAAAGCUAUGCAAUUAUCAUUGGUCCGUUAAAGAUGCUGAGAAAACACCUGUGCAGAAGCCACAUCAACAAUUAUUGGCGAAAUUCCAACGCCCGCUUUCAAUUCAAACGCAUGCCCCUGACGCAAAAUAUGUAAGCGGGUCAAGCGAUGGGACUCCUGACUUUCUGGCAUUAUUUCCAGAUAUUGUACGUGAACUCACCGAGGAAAUAAGGAACUUAAAAGCAGAUGAGGCUGCAACCUGGAACGAGAAGGCUUUGGAGUACAAUGGACUAGGCGGGAAAAACAGCCGCGCUUUUCUUGCCAUUUCAACCUACAAAAAUUUAGUCAAACCCGAAAAGCUCACCUCGGAAAGUCUUCAAUUAUUACAGUAUCUGGCAUGGUGCAUUGAAAUGUUGCAAUGUUUCUUCCUCAUACUUGAUGACAUUGUGGACGACAGCGUUACACGUCGUGGUCAAUUGUGCUGGCACAAAAUGAAUGAUGUUGGCAUUAUAGCUAUCAACGAUGCUAUGAUGAUUGAAAAUGGAAUAUAUGUGCUGCUGCGUAAACAUUUUCGCCAUUUGGAUUGUUACCUUGAUUUACUAGAACUAUUUCAUCAAAUAACUUUUAUUACGACUUCGGGACAAUCAAUGGAUAAUAUAUAUGCAAAGAAAAAAGUAACCGAUUUUAAUAUAAGCAAAUACAAUGUAAUUAGUGCGACAAAAACUGGCUAUUAUUCUUUUUAUUUUCCUGUAGCAGCCGCUUUGCAUUUAGCAGGUGUAAAGAACAAAGCGGUAUUUGAGGAAUCAAAAAUUAUUCUCUUAGAAAUGAGUCAUUUAUAUCAAGUACAAGACGAUUUCAUCGAUUGUUUUGGUGAUUCUGAUAUAAGUGGCAAAAUCGGUACAGACAUACAGGACAACAAAGCUUCUUGGUUGGCUGUAAUAUGCAUGCAAAAAUGUAGUCCCUCACAACGAGCGAUAAUGGAGGAAUGCUAUGGACAAAAAGAUGCUGAAAAAGUCGAACAUGUUAAAAAACUUUACAAAGAAUUGGAUCUUAUCAACCACUACCACGUAUAUGAAGAGAGAAAAUACAAUGAUAUAAAAAUGAAAAUUCAACAAGCAUCCAAUGAUGUGCCGAAAGAUGCAUUUUUAUCUCUACUAAAUAAAUUCUAUAAACGGCAAAUUUAAGUGGAGCAAUAAAAAAGUAAAAGUACCUACAGAAAAACUGAGCUGAAUUAUUUCAUAUUUAUAAAACUUACAAAGUUCAUCGAGAUUAUUUUUAAUAAACCUUUUUAUGAUAACAUUAAACAUUUCAAGUAUCUGAAAAUAAAUUUCCUUAACACACUUGUUAAUAAUCAAACCUAAUUUAAAAUGUAAUUGUAAACACUAAGGUAGUAGUAGUUAUGUUCUUGAAAAUUAAAAAAAAUUGGCGGUAUUGUAGUAUAUUCAGAAAAACCAGUCUUUAAAGCCAAAUAUAAAACAAAUUGUAGCAGGUAUUAUGAUCUAGUAUUCCUGUACAUAUAAAUGGUAUAAUGAAUAAAUAUCUAUGAUAGCUAAAACCUAGUGCCUAAUA